UUUAUCAACAAGGUUGCUGAGAUUGCUUGCAGCUGUUCAUAGCAAGAACUUUUGGGAUGUUCUAAGCUAACCUUACAUUUGACGUUAAAACUUUACCUUUCAGUGUAAAUGCAGAUGGAAAGCAACGAAUUGACACAGGAUUUUUAAGAAAAGUUAUAAGCAUGAGUGUGCCCGGUGAGAGCAGAAGUCCUCCCCCCCCUCCUGCUGAGGAAGAGGAGCAAAGUGAUGCGGAGCUGGAACGCGAUGAAGAUGAGGAGCUGAGUGAUGCGGAGCCGGAACACGAUGAAGACGAGGACGAAGAACCCAUCUCUGCUCUGGCUCCAGAGGUGGGGCUUUCAGAAGAGGACUCCGCCCACUCCCUGGCCAGCCCAGUGUUCCAGUGGCUCGAUGAGCUCCUCUCUGCUGGCAAGAUCAGUAAAGCCAAAAUAGCAAAGCUAAAGGCUAGCUUCAGUCUACUGCAGGACACACUAAAGAGCUCUCAGGACGCAGAGCUGAAUCUCGUCCAGGAGUGUAAGCGGUACCGAGUGGCGUUGCGCUGCCAGCGUGCAGAUCUGGGGAAAGCGGAGGAGUUUCCAGAAGGUUCCGACAGCGAGACCUACCGCUUAAGACAACAACUACUGAAGAUCCACAACGACCUGCAGGAGUCGGAGGAGCGCCACCAAAACACCAUCUACCAGAUAGAGUGUCUUCAAGAGGAGAAGAUGCAGCUAGAGAAAGAGUAUGAAACUCAACCCAAGCCUGUCGAGCUGGAGAAGCGCUGUAAGUCUCUGAGGGAGAGCGGUGAGGAGAUGCGUAAGGAGAUCUCACAGCGCCGCCUAGAGGUCAGGAGUUUAACGGAGGACACCGAGGCUCACAGGAGACUCCUCAUCAAAGAGCAGCAGGAGCUCAGAGACAAGCAGGACAUCAUCGACAUACAUGAGGCUGAAUUGGCUCAGCUCCUGCCAGUUCCUGGUCAGUUGGGGAAGGAGAUUGAGAGGAUCAAUCGCAAGAAAGAGGAGGUGCUGAAGAAGCAGGCCAGUCUGGAGGAGCAGCUGAGUGAGCUGUGUGCGGAGCAGCGGGGCGUCCAGGAGCAGAGUGUGUAUGUGGAGCAGAAGCGCAGGGAGGCGCUGAGGGAGGUGGAGGGGAGACGCACCCACAUAGAGGCGGCCGAGAGGGAGCGCAGUCUGCUCCUCAAGGACCACCACAUGAGCAAGGAGAAGGAGGUCAUACUGCUGGGACACAGAGGGGUGCAGGACGUUACCCUAAGUCAGGUGUUGAGUGAGAAGAAGCGUCUGCAUGAGGCGGCGGCCCGGGGCGUGAGGGAGCGAGACCGACACCUGCGCAGUCUCAAGAAGAAAGAACAACAGCUGCGUCACACACACGAAGCACUCACACACACACAAGCACGUCACCUCAAGACCAAGACUGAGAGGGAUAAUCUCCCUGAUGGUGAAGGGGCGGUGCAAAAGAGAAAUGAGCUGCAGAAGGAAGUGGACAAACUCAAACGCAGCUUACUACACCAGCAGUCUGUAGCUGGUGUGGAGACCCAGCUGGUGGAGGCGGCCUUGGCUCAUGAGCAGGAGCUGGUGAAGGAGACGCAUCGUCAGAGGGAGGAGCUUAGACACCUGGCCUGCCUCGCCCAGGUCAAAGAGGACGAGAGAGACCAGAAGAGUAGAGAGUUACUGAGAGCCCAGCAACGCCUCCAGCGCAUCAAAGAGGACCUGCGGGGGAAAGACAUGGUGAUCCAGGAGCACAAGAAACAGAGCAUGGAGAUCCAGUCCAGGCUGGGUGUGUUUGCUAAGAUGUAUGACGUGAUCAAAGGCGAGCGGAACAAGUGUGUGAUGCUGAUCCAGACGGCGUCCCAGCGCUCGACCGAGACGGGAGAAAGCCUCAAGAUCCUGGAGAACGAGCUGGACAUCAUACACACCACCGCCAUCAACAAGGACAAACUGCUGCAGAAGUCUCGUCUGCGGCGCGUGCACGGGCACCUGGUGCGUGACGCGCUGCGGAAGGACAUCAGCAAGGUGGCGUGCGUCCUGCUGGACAUGCGACAGCUGCGGGACGAGCAGAAGCUGCGCCUGGGACGCCUCACACACCUCAUCAACACACACGAGCAGCAGCUGCUUCACAUGCGCAAGGCCUACGACUGCGCCAUACAGGCCCGCAACGAGAGAGGGGUGCAGCUGCUGGAGAGGGAAGAGGAGAUGUGUAUCUUCUACGAGAAGGUGAACGUUCAGGAGGGGGUUCUGCGCGAGGGCAAUAUGGAGCUGCAGGUUCUCGAGGAGGAGAUCCACUCCGGUCAGAUGGCCAUCAGUGAGGAGAACCGGCUCAUCACGCUCGCCAGGGACCUGCUGCCCUGCAAGAAGAACCUGGGGGGAGAAAGCACCGUGCUCCAGAUACAGCUGUCGGAGUGUAAGGACCGGAGGUGGUCUCUGGAGCGAGCCCUGGAGGACCCCACACACCCCAGCCGCCUCAGACAGUUGGAGGGAGCAGACCCCUCCCCCCUGGAGCUGAUGACCAAGAUAGAGGAGCUGGAGCUGCGUCUGGCGGAGCGUGAGGAGCAGCUGCUGGAGAAGGAGCUGGUGUACGAUCAGGUGGGCCGACUCUGCCAGCGAAUCAGAGUCAAGGCUGAUAACGGCAAACAGGACACACUGCAGCUCGCCAAGAAGAUGACGUCUCUGCAGGUGCGUAUCAAAGAGGCGACGGCGAGUCUGAUGGCGUUGGUGGCGGAGCUGUCCAUGCGCCAGGCGGGCUCUAUGACCCUGCAGCAGCAGCUGAGGGAGCGGGAGCAGGAGCUGGAGUGUUGCCAGCGCAGGGUGGAGCAAGGCCUCGCCCCGUCCCCCGACACACACACACACUGGCUACACACACUCAGGGACCAGAGCAGGAGAGACAAGGAGAAGAGAGCCAAGGCACAGCUGCAGCUGGAGGAGGCGAGCAGUCUGCUUCCUAGCGGCGUGUACACCACAGCGGAGUCUCGUCCCAACGCCUACAUCCCCCCCGAGGGCGACCUGCCGCUGCCCAAGCCCUACGGGGCCCUCGCCCCCUUCAUGCCCACGGACCAAGGGGCCAACAUGCGCCACAUCCGCAAACCCCAACCCAAACCCAUCCAGAUCUGACACACACACACACACGCACACACACACACUCACACACACACACACACACUCUCACAUAAACACACACAC